GGACGCGCCGGAAGUCUUGGGGAGCGCUCCGCUGGGGUCCGCCGGCAGCGGCGGACGGUUGGCCCGGUUUGGGGUAAGGCGGCUCCGGAAGGCUCUGUGACACCCCGGCUGGGCGGCGGCCGUCGGGACCCCGUGUUUGAGUGAGAGCACAGUCCUCUCCGAGCCCCCUGCAUCCCGCUCGCUGUGUCCCCUCCUCUUCCAGUCGUUGUCCGGGCUCCGGACGUAGUUGCCGUCUCCCAGCCUGCUUCCGAGCCUCCCUUGUCUCCUCUGAGCCUGAUGCGUCCGGGAUCUGGUUGUGGGAUGGGCUCCAUUCACCACUGCCCUUCCCUGGUUCCCCGCAGCUGCAGAUUCUGUGACCUCAAGCAUGCAAGGGCCUUGAAUAAUGUACCCGGAAAGUGUCCAGCAAAGGGAAACGACUGGGGCCCUACCCCAUGUGGACAACCUCACCAUGCGUCUGGACCCCGGUGUGGGCGCCUCAGUGAUAGGCGUAGUGACAGUGACAGUGACAGCUAGAGGGAUGAUAGACCCCCAAACUAGUGGACUUUGAAGUUUUCUUCCCAGCCGGUUCCAGCCUCCUGGAACAACCAUGUCGCCAGUUUUGCGCGUGCCAAAUUCACGGCGCUGCCCAAGCGGAGCUGCUAUCUGAAUUCUCCUUGGAUGUGGCAAAGGGAAAUGAACGCAAAAGGUGCCGCUGGAAGUGUCCGACCUAGAGAAAUAUGUAGACCGGAGCCCUGUUACCUUCCUCCAGCAUGGACUUCCUGGUUCUCUUCUUGUUCUACUUGGCCUUCUUAUUGAUUUGUGUUGUCCUGAUCUGCAUCUUCACAAAAAGCCAGCGUUUGAAGGCCGUGGUCCUUGGAGGAGCACAGGUGUGCUCCAGGGUAAUCCCGCAGUGCCUCCAGAGGGCCGUGCAGACGCUUCUUCAUCAGCUCUUCCACACACGGAGGAGGUUGGCCCGGGCCGUGUUCCUCGGACUCAUGUGGCUUCUUCCUGGAAUGGCCCGUGCAUACUCCCUGUGUGCUUCCUUGCAGCCACCCCACCUUCAUCGUCUUGCACCUGCUCUUGCAAGGGCUAGUGUAUGCAGAAUACACCUGCGAGGUCUUCGGCUAUUGCCGGGAGCUGGAGUUCUCUCUGCCUUACCUUCUCCUGCCCUAUGUGCUGCUAAGCGUGAACCUGGUGUUCUUCACCCUGACUUGUGCCGCCAAUCCUGGUACCAUCACUAAAGCAAACGAAUCAUUUCUUCUGCAAGUCUAUAAAUUCGAUGAUGUGAUGUUUCCAAAGAACUCGAGGUGCCCCACUUGCGAUUUAAGGAAACCAGCCCGCUCCAAGCACUGCAGGUUGUGUGACCGCUGUGUGCACCGGUUCGACCAUCACUGUGUUUGGGUGAACAACUGCAUCGGGGCCUGGAACACCAGGUACUUCCUCAUUUACCUCCUGACGCUGACGGCUUCUGCUGCCACCAUAGCCACCGUGACUGCUGCCUUUCUGCUCCGCCUAGUGACAGUGUCUGAUCUCUACCAGGAAACUUACCUAGAUGACGUGGGGCAUUUCCAGGCUGUGGACACUGUCUUUCUUAUUCAGCAUCUGUUCCUGGCAUUUCCAAGGAUUGUCUUCCUACUGGGCUUUGUCAUCGUUUUGAGCAUGCUCCUGGCUGGCUACUUGUGCUUUGCUCUGUACCUGGCUGCCACCAACCAGACCACAAAUGAAUGGUAUAAAGGCGACUGGGCCUGGUGCCAGCGCUGGCCUCUGGUGGCUUGGUCCCCAUCAGCUGAGCCCCGGAUCCACCAGAACAUUCACUCCCACGGGUUUAGGAGCAACCUUCGAGAGAUCUUUCUACCUGCUACCCCCAGUUACAAGAAAAAGGAGAAAUAGAGCGGAAGUGCCCUGCCUUUUAAAUACAGUGCACACCUAUUUGUACACAUGGA